AAUAUAUCAUAACAUUCAGCACAGAAAAGCAAACACAGCUCCAUCUUUUCACUGUAGAAGAGCAGUGGGACAAUGGGUUUCUGCUACAGUAUUUCAUGGAUUCCACUUCUUGCUCUGAGCCACAUCUGCUUCUUUGUUGCCUGCGGAAGCACUAAUCAGGACCCAACUGCCAUAAUCGUAGGAACAGUUUACUGUAACACUUGCUUCCAUCAGAAUUCAUCAAGACACAACCAAGUCCUUUCAGGUGCUUCAGUAUUGGUAGACUGCAACAACCAGAUAACAAAGAGCGGCUUCCAAAAUUUUGUCAAAACAGACAAAGAUGGUGUUUUCAGGGUGCAGCUCCCCUCUGAAAUCAGCAAACACAUAAAAACAAUAAAGCAAUGCUCUGUAAAGCUCAUAAGCAGCAACGACCCAUUCUGCGCAGUGGCUGCUCCUCCUACUUCAUCUUCAUUCCAUCUUAAGUCAACAAAGAACAAGGUUCAUGUCUUCUCAUCUGGUUUCUUCGCCUUCAGGUCCCUCAAUCAAUCAGAACUUUGCUAUGAAAAACGAAGUGUUGAAAGCUUCUCUGACUUUAGUGCUGCAAAAGAUAUAACACCUUCUUCCCCUCUCCCUGCUUUAAACAUUCCCCCUCUUCCUCAGACUCCAUUAUUGCCUACCCUCCCAAACUUACCUCCAUUACCAAGCUUGCCAAACUUACCUCAGCUUCCUGAUCCACCUGCUGCUCCAUCUAACCCAUUUUUCCCGGGUAUCCCAAAGCAGUUACCUUCAAAUGAGACCAAACCUUAAAUUGAUGAACUGUAGAACUUGUUCUGGUUUAUUAAUAUGUAAUGUUUCUUAAGCUCUUCCAUUGACUUUCUACAUGCAUAUGUAGCUGAAUAAAGUGGCUAGUGAGAUCAAGAUAUGCAAUGUAUCUCAUGGUGAUAGCUAUUUGUCUAAGAACUUUGUGUCAUGUGAUUAUGUAAGUCGAGAAUAAGUUUCAUUUUGAGAUGUUCAAUUGUCCUUUGUGUGUUGUGGUGACAUUCAUAAAUUGGUGUAGUAAGUUGGUUUGAAUUCAUACUCAUGAUUAAAGAGAGUGACAAA